UCUAUCCCAAGCCAUAUCUGCUGCCAUAUCUCCCUCUCAGCAGAAAAGUAUACAUUAUCACUAUGGAUUAUGUUUACUUAACUUUAAAAUUAUAUUCAUUUGUGUGUGCAGCAUGUGUGUGUGCAAGUGUGCAUGUAUGUGUGCAUAUGUGUCCCAUGCAGAGGGGGUCCCUGCAUGUGUCAUAUGGGGAAGUGAACUGCAAGAAGAAAUAAGAAUGGAAACACGGUGCAGAUUGAAGAUUCCGGAAGUCUAAUACCAGGUGAUCCAUUGUCAGCAUAUUUAAAACACAGUACAAUUUGGGGAAAGUUUCCAGGCCACAAUCAGUCCAAUCAGUCCAAUUCCAGAUGCACAAUAAAGCCUAAGGUAUGACUACAUAGAGACUCUUUUACAGAGUACAUGUAACCAUGAGGGUUGGUUCUACAGCUGAAAGGCCUAGAAUCUAGUGUGGUCUCUGACGACAGCACAAAGGUCAGAAGCCAUAAAGUACAUGUGACAUCUCCCCUAAAGAUGGGCUACGGUCUAGGGAAGGAAGAGUCUGGGAUGAUCAGUCUGAGGAAUUUGGGUGAGGUCUGUCCCUUCAGAGAGCAGAAAGGUCACCAGGUCAUUAACAAGAUCCACUCUCAGCUUUCUGAAUGGAAUGCAGGCAUUUGAUUUUUAUCUCCUCCAUUGAGGAGAUUAGCAUUACUGAUUCACUUAGUGCUUCUCUGUGAGUAUCAGGACCCUCUGUGUUCCCAACACCAUGAUGAGGCAUGUGUACAGGAAACAUUGGCUUUGUGUAUGUGUUAGAUAAACUGCCUUGGGACAUAGGCUUGGAAUGGCUGAUUUAUAAACUAAAGGAAUGUUCACAGGUACCUUGUUUGCUAUCUCUAGGAAUUAGCUAACUCUGAAGGGGUAAUUCCUCCCCAUGUUCCCAAGGGUCAAGAUAUCAUAAAAUACUGAUGGUGGUAGCAGCAGAGUUGGCAAUGGUUGGACUGUGUGACUGUUAAUGCAGGAAGUAAAUGUGACUUUGUUGUGUAAGAGAAGCAUGGAGGGAAGCUAAGGAUGAUGAUUCCAUUCAUACGAUGUUUAUGGAGACCAGCACUGAAAAACAGGGGGAGAUGAAUGUAAAUUUCCCUGGUUUCUUAUUACCACUGCCAAUGAGAAUUUUAAAUAUGGUAGGCACAAUAGCAGUAACCCUAGUACCUGGAAGCCUGAGGCAGAAGACUCCUGAGUUUAGUGUCAGCCUAGGCUGCAUACAAGAUGUUGUUUCAAAAAUAUGGUAGGAUAUUAUAAGUGAAGGGAAGGCAAGUAUUAUUUGAGGUUAAAAUGGUUCAUUUAUAGGACUGAUGAAAACAAUUUUAUUGCUGCCAUCUCUAAUACACUUUUCAUUAAAUACAGAUAUUCUUUGAUCUACAGCAGGGGGACUUCUCAAUAAACUUAUCCUACAUUGAAAACAUUAAGUGAAAAUAUAUUUUAUCCUUUACCCUACAAGAUAUCGUAGUUUAACUCAGUCUGCCUCAAAUGUCCUCAGGACACAUUUGGACAAAAUCAUCUAACACAAAGCCCAUUUUAAAACAAAACACUGAAUAGCUCAUGUUAUUUAUCAAAUACUGUAUUGAAAAUAAAAACAGAAUGGCUAUAUGAAUAAGCUUUUGUACCAUUGUAAAGUAAAGGUUGUUAGUGGGACCAUUGUGAAUUGGGAAGCAGCUGUACCUAAGAUCUGGAGACAUGCAGGAAAUUGCCAACAGUGUCAGCACAUGCCUAGCUCAUGCGGAGUUUGCUUCUGAUCCUGUCAUGUCAGCAAGAAUAUUAUUCAUAAUUGUUCUUAAAGAUAAGGUCUUGCCAUGUAACUCAGGCUGGCCUCAAGCCUGAGAUCCUCUUCCCUCAGCUUCCCCGUUGAUGGGAUUCUAGGCAUGUGCCACCAUGCUUGACACUACCGGGAUCUUUUAAACUAGCUGCCUAGAAUAAAUUAUUUUAAACUGACUAGCAAUGAUUGCUAAAAGAAGAGGAAAAAAAGUAAAGAAAGUGGUGUAAAUAUUUUAAACAUUCAUUUAACUCAAGUAUUUUGGCAAGAAAAAACAAGCGACUGUUGCUUAGCAUAUGUAAAGUUCUAGUCCGUAUUUAGAAGGCUAUUGCUUAAAUAUAGUGAAUUAUGUGAAUACAUUAACAAAUUGUUUCAUUCAAAACUAAAAAGGGAUGCAAAAGAUGAAAGUCAUGCACACCCCCUUUCCUGUGUACACAUUGCUCACAAACUCCACUACCCCAGGAAUGCCCUUCCACAGUCGGAAUAAGUUCUGCAGCACACCUCUCAACAAUCCCCCUCAACAUGCAUCCUCGUGUGAGUAGUGCCACAAACCCUAGCACCAAGCAACCAUGACCUUUCCUUGUUCUGGACCCAUGAUAACACUUGGCACUGGAAAUCUCGCGGGUAGGUGGCUGUCAAAAGACUAACGGGACUAGUCUAAUUUCAUCUUUUAGGAACUUAAACUAAGAGCCACAAGAGGAAUUUGUCAGUUGACAGCAAAGCAAGCUGGAAGGUCCUGGAAAGGACUUAAGAUUUUGUCACUUUUACGUAAAUCUACCACUCCAUCCAAGUUCCCACCCCACCUGAACCCAUACCCCACCAAAACACUACAAAUACUUUGUAACUCCGCACACAGUUAAACAUUCGGGCUAGUGCUUGUGUUUUCGUUUCUUUAGUUGUUUUCAAAGACAAAAAUUAACCUAUCAGUGAAAAGGUUGUAAUAAAAGCAGAUUUAAUGAGGACUGGAGUGGAUAGUAUAUAAUGGUUUUAUUUGAAGCCCCCAAAGAUGUUCUUAAAUUUUAUGUAUCUAUUUAAAGGGCUGCAUGAAUACAGUCCAGUUAGUACAAAUGCACACGGUCCCUUCAACGAAGUUCAAGCUUCUACACACGUCUCCCAGCCUAGGCUACCAGUUGCGGGAGAACUUCCGGCCGACUCAGCCAGGGUUUCCGCUCAGGGCGGUGACUCGGGACCAGAGCUGUGACUUCAUCGAUUGCUUCCGCCUGAGCAGCCGCAGGCCCGCAGGGAUCGACUGCUCGGGUCUGGCGAGUCAGGCGCGGGAAAGCCGAGUUUGAAGCCGGUGGGUUCGGUGAGGCGGGCGGCUUCCUCACCCCUUGACGCUGCCGCGAGCAGCCAUGUCGGAGGCGUAUUCACCGGUGGAGUCCGGCGCCCUGGGACCCGAGGAGAACUUCCUGUCCUUGGACGACAUCCUGAUGUCCCAGGAGAAGCUGCCGGUGCGCGUCGAGACGUCCAUGCCGCGCCUGGGCGCCUUCUUCCUGGAGCGGGGCGCGGACGCCGAGUCGGACCACGCGCUGCCGCAGGGCACAAAGCUUGAGCUUCCCUUGUGGCUGGCUAAAGGACUCUUUGACACCAAGCGGCGCAUCCUUUCUGUGGAACUUCCCAAGAUGUACCAAGAGGGAUGGAGGACUGUGUUCAGUGCAGACGCUAAUGUCGUGGACCUCCACAAAAUGGGGCCCCAUUUCUAUGGGUUUGGCUCCCAACUUCUGCACUUUGACAGUCCAGAGAAUGCAGAUAUCUCCCAGUCUCUGCUGCAGACUUUUAUUGGACGGUUCCGCCGCAUCAUGGACUCCUCCCAGAAUUCUUACAAUGAAGACACUUCAGCACUGGUAGCCAGGCUAGAUGAGAUGGAGAGAGGCUUAUUUCAAAUAGGGCAGAAAGGGCUGAAUGACUUUCAGAGCUGGGAAAAGGGUCAGGCUUCUCAGAUCACAGCGUCCAAUCUCGUUCAGAACUAUAAGAAGAGAAAAUUCACUAAUAUGGAAGACUGAACACGGAACAGCACUGCAACUUGUGGAUUUAUCUGUGUCCCUGAUAAGACCUAGUUAACUUCAUGGGUGACCCAAAUGUGUGCUGCUUUUGACCUUCAGCAGGCUCCAAGCUUGGAACUACCUGGUUGGGGGCAGAUGUGCAUGCCCUUGAUCCUGUUUGUCUUCCUGGACUUCAGUUACCUGCUAUUCCACAGCAAGGCCUUUUGACCCAAGAAUGCCACUGAGGAGGAGCCAGAGUCCAUCUUAAAUAAGGAUCUUGGACAUAUACAUGGUCAAGUUGGAACUGGGAUUCCUCAGGUGUCUGGUCUUGUUGGCUGCAAAGGACAAGUACAAAGUGGGUCAUCUCUGCCUGUUCAUAAAUUUCUCUUAAACUUGUUUGCCUUACCUUCCUCAUGGUUGGACAAAGGACAUCGUCCCCUCCAUGCUGCCCUCCUGCUGGGACUUACCCCAAUUUCCAAAACAGGAAAUUGGGAGGGAAAGGGAAAGUCAGAUGAUGGCAGAGCAGAAAGGAGAAGACGUUGAGCUCUUGGGCCUGUAAUCAGGGCUUUUGAACCAGAGUCACAUCCUUCAGUCCAGCAGAGGGGCCGUGGUGUGUUUGUCAGUGGUCUCUGGAACACUGGCACGCUUGUUCCAUUCCCCGUCUAGAAAGGCUGUCAGGGGGGUGUUAGGAGUUGGAAAGUAGUUGUUAAAGGGUGUUCACCAGCCUUUGUAAUAUCUGCAUCAGGGGCUGACGCGUGAAGAGCCUCAGCUGAACAACAGCCUGGUAAGUGUUAGUCGGGAAGACUCCUUCUUUACAUUUUUUUCUCUCCAGGGUUAACUACUGCACCAUUAAUGUAAGGAGGACUCCUGACCACUUACUGUUUAAAAUUGCACCAGAGGGAUGAGUUCUCCAGACCCUAGGCUAUCACUGUCAAAAGCCUCAUUUCCUAGGCCAUUUGGAUUGUCUAGUGGGCAGUUUCUCCAUACCACUGGCCACCCCUGGUGUCCUGUAGCUACUGGAAAAUAUGUUCAUUGUUAUUACGGAGGGCUUUGGGUGCCCAGAUCACACAGAUAUUGUAGCGGAUACUUAAAAUGACAGAGAUGCGUGUAAGUGCCUGUCUUAGCACGGAAUUGUUUUCAUCAUUUGACUUCAUUUUAAUUAAGUGAUGGGCUUUGCAUUUUGUAUAUGUGCUGUCUAGCUGCCAGGCUGCCGGGAAUCAGCAAAUCAUCUAAGGAUGUGUUCUUUGAUCUUAUUUGACUGUAAUGCUCAAAUCUGUGUUUCCACAGCUGCAUUCCUGUUUGUACAAUAGGCAUAAAUACCAGGAACAUUUUCUGUAGGGAGUGUGCUCUGCCCUAGCAAAGUGACACUUCAUUCCUACCACAGCUUUUAUGCACAUUCAGGGCCCAGGAACCAGGGGCAAAGAGUGUGUUAGCCUCCAUUCUGGCGACUCUGCUUUCGCAGGUAGCUUUGUUUUUAAAGAGAAUACUGAGACCGUUGAUAUAUCUUUCCUUUUAAAAAAGCAUAAAACAAGUUUCCUCAGAGGCCACGUAUUCAGAACUUGUUUUAAAUUUUGAUCAGAUUAUAUCAUAUACAGUUUUCAAACCCAUGUUCAGUUACAGUAUCCUUCAAGUCUGUCGGACUAUUCGUCAUCCCAGAAACCACCCCUCCCCAGUUCAGGUUUCCAGGUAAUUGUUUAAUUCAUUCAAAGAAUUGAUUUUUUUUCCUCAAAAAGAAUGAAUUGUCUCAAAUAAUAAAGUGCUUCUUAAAUUCA